GUGGUUCGACUUGGAAACCCCCACUUCAUCUAAUGAAACUAUGUGGACUACUUACUUUGCAAAUGAGUGACUGAACCUACUCCAGGUCUUCACAGAGUGUAAUUAUUAUGGAGUAUUCAGCGAUAAAGAACUGUGAUGAUAUAUUUGCGGUUAUUUGUCAGAAGGGAUGCGGGUUACCCCACCACAAAAAUGCCGUGAAUGAGGGGGGUCACUGCUGCAUGAACGCGCUGCGGGAACAAAACGAACUUCUGCAGGCGUGGAGUGACAGAAUUGCGUCCGAAGUCAGGAAACUCUGUAUCACCUGGGGAGAACGGGAGCAAUUUCUGCUAUCCCAGCUGACCGCUCUACAGACCGAAGCACAGGACAGUGCUAUGAAAUACCAGCAGAGACUAAAGCAGUAUAUGCUUUGCAUCAGUAGCAUAUUGGAUCAGAUCAGUGGCUCGUAUGAGACUGACUCAGAAGGAUCUGGGAUCUUUGUGUCCCACGUGUCGGAGGAGGGUCCUGCAGGCCGCGCAGAUGGGAUGCAGGUGCACGACAGGGUACUGGAGAAAAGCACCUGUGAUCUCACCUGGGUUUGUCUGCUCGUAACCAGUUGUGUUGAUCCUGUGAUCUCACCUGGGUUUGUCUGCUCAUAACCAGUUGUGUUGCUCCUGUG